AUCCGCCACGCCGGAACCCUAGUUUCUCCACACCGUAACAACAGCGCUUUACUGCUUCGUAUCGCCACGGCUAUAGAUCAGAAGACACCAGUCGUUCAAGCCCUCGAGCAAUGGCGAGAACAAGGUAAUCAAGUGAAGCCUUCUGACCUAAGGUGCAUCAUCAAGAAGCUCCAAGAUUCAGAACGAUUCCCCCAUGCCCUCCAGAUAUCAGAAUGGAUGAGUUCACAUCGUGUCUACACUCUCUUUCCGGAAGAUAUGGCGUCUAGGGUUUUACUGAUGGAUACUGUUCUAGGUCUAAAAGAAGCAGAGAGGUUCUUCGAAACCAUCCCUGAGACAAUGAAGGACUACACAGUCUACACAUCUCUGUUAACUUUGUACACAAGAAACGACGACACUCUAGACAAAGCAGAAGCUGUAUUCGAGAAGAUGAGAGAGCUAGGGUUCCUCUUGAAACCUACCCCGUUCAACCUAAUGCUAUCUCUCUACAGUCCACUGAAACGCCACGAUAAUGUCAACAGUCUCCUGAGAGAGAUGGAAGAUAACAACGUCAAGCCGGAUGAUCUCACAGCGAACCACGCCCUCUUGGUAUACGCAGCUGUGUCCAACAUCAAGGCGAUGGAGAAGUUUCUUAGCAGCCCAGAGAAUCAAACUGGAAUGGGGAACGUGCAUCGACAUGGCAAAGGCUUACUUGGAGUCAGGCGCAACGGAGAAGUCCUUAGCUAUGCUGCAUAGAACAGAGCUGCUGGUUGAUUGCGCGUCAAGGAAGCCCGCUUACGAGGCGCUGAUGAGUGUGUAUGGAGACGUGGGGGAGAGGGAAGAUGUGUAUAGGAUUUGGGAGCUUCACAAGAACGCGGGUUCGAGUAACGAAGGGUAUAGGGCUGUGAUAAAGUGCACUCUCGAGUAUAGGAGACAUGGAAGGUGCUGAAGUGAUAUAUAGAGAGUGGGAGCUUGGUGGUCUUCCGUUUGAUGCUAGCAUCCCUAACACUCUCAUCUCUGGAUAUCAUGCUUUGGGAAUGGAGAGAAGACUAAGAAACUAAUCAACACUGAUGUGCAAAUGUGCACAGCAUUACUCCAGUUCUCAUGUGAAGACCAUCUAAUAGUUUCCAUUUUUUCUUUAGAAAUCGUAUAACAAUUAGUUAAUUCUUCUUUCAUGAAAAAGAAUCCAUCUUUUGUCGUUCAUAA